AUAAUAAUUUAUAAUUAACAAAAAAAAUUGAAUUUUCGAAAUAAAAAAUGAAAUAAAUCCUUAAAAAAAAAAUCAAAUCAAAUCAUGGAGAGUAGAGAAGAAGAGUGAUAAUGAUGAUGAUGAUGAAUUUACAGACUAUAGCAAAACCAGUCAUAACGAUUACUACAACAACCACUGUUAAUGGCUUCUUCUUCUUAAGCUCAAACAUUUCAAUCAAAUCCAAACCCAAAUUACAACAAUUUCAUUGUCUCUCACUCUCAACUUCUAACACUCCCAACAAAAACACACAACACACAACCCUUCUAGUGGACACUUUCCAUGAGCACCGUAUUCUCAAAAACUUGUUCAAUAAGCUCAAUAAGACUGACUCAUGCCCUUUGCAAUUGCUUAAACAAGAUGGAGAUUGGACUAAACAGAAUUUCUGGGCUGUUGUUACUUUUCUCAGACACCAUUCCAGGUCAUUGGAAAUUCUUCAGCUUUUCGGUAUGUGGAAGAACAUUGAGAAAUCGCGGAUAAACGAAUUGAAUUACAACAAGACAAUAAGAGUUCUUGUUGAAGAUGAUCUGAUUGAAGAAGCAGAAUUGUUAUUUGAUGAGAUGAAGAAUCAUGGUCUUAGUCUUUCUUUGGAAACCUACAAUUCAAUCAUCCAUGGUUUUGCAAGAAAAGGGUUUUUUGACAAGGCUUUACAUUAUCUUGAUGAGAUGAAGGAACUCAAUGUAGCACCGGAAAGUGAUACUUAUGAUGGACUUAUCGAAGCUUAUGCGAAACACGAGAUGUACGACGAGAUAGGAAUGUGUUUAAAGAAGAUGAAACUCAAUGAUUGUCCACCCGAUCACAUUACUUAUAAUUUGCUUAUGAAAGAGUUCUCACGAGCCGGGUUGCUCAAGAAAAUGGAGAGUGUGUAUCACACUAUGGUUUCGAAGAAAAUGUAUUUGCAGCCUUCAACUUUGAUCAAAAUGCUAGAGGCUUAUGCGAAAUUCGGGAUCUUGGACAAGAUGGAUAAGUUCUACACAAGAGUGUUGAUAUUGAAAAUCCCUUUAGGGGAAGAUUUGAUCAGGAAACUAGCUGAGAUUUAUAUUAACAAUUACAUGUUUUCUAAAUUAGAGACCUUAGGGAUUGAUCUCUCUUCAACAUUUGGUGAAACUGAGCUUCUUUGGUGUCUUCGUCUUCUUUCUUACGCUUGUUUGUUAAGUCGAAAGGGUAUGGAUUCGGUUAUUCAGGAGAUGUCAGAUGCAAAGUUCCCAUGGAAUGUAACUACUGUGAACAUCAUCAUGUUAACUCAGUUGAAGAUGAAGGAUUUCACACACUUGAGAAUUUCACUUUCUCAGUUAACUUAUACAGUGAAGCCAGAUAUUAUUAGCAUUGGCAUUCUUUAUGAUGCAAUUAGUAUGGGUUUUGAUGGAACUCGAGUUUUCGAGACAUGGAGAACGAUGGGAUUUCUUUCUGGAGCCGUCGAAAUGAAUACUGAUCCAGUUGUUCUUACUGCAUUUGGAAAAGGGCAUUUUCUUAAAAGCUGUGAAACUGUCUACGCUUCUCUUGAACCCGAAUUUAGAGAAGAAAAGACAUGGACAUACCAUAAUCUCAUCGAUUUGGUGUCCAAAUCACAAAGGAAGGUAACCAGUUAGCUGCUUCUUUUCUCAUGGGCAAUAACAGGUGCGCGGUUGAUGAAUGGUUAAUCGAAUUUUGAGCACAUUUCGGUGUUGUGCUUUAAGAUUCACUCGUGCUGCCAUGACAUGUAAGAGGAAAGUGAAUUCGAUUGGGCGAAAUACUGUUAGCAAAAACAUGUUUUUAUUUGUUUUUUCAGGAACAAAAUGCAGUUGUUGUUGAUUAGCUUGGGGAGGAAAAUAGAGAAGAAAAAGAAGCUAGUCAUCAUCUGAAUCUGUAAGAUAAAGUCUUAUAAAAAGAAUAUAUACAUAUAUAUAUAGUACUAUCAAAUUGUAUGUAAGAGAAAUCACUUGACAAUCACUUACUUCAAUAUGUUAAAUUAGAUUUGUAUGAGGUCUGAAUUAGAUUUUACUAAUCACAGAUUAAUGUAUCAUAGUGUUGAGAUGA